AUGGAUAAUGGCAAAAACUGGACAGUAUUCGAAGGAGAUGAAGAAGAUUCUGCCACUCUGCCAGAAAUUGGUUUGGAUGACUUACAGCCAACUAUUUCUUGCAUCAAACAGGGGAGAGCUUCACAUUGGAACCCCACGUUCAGCUUGAGGGGGCAUGUUAGACAUGUUUCUGUUGGAAUUGAUGGAGCGCUUUCUGGCUCAGCUGCAGCCUCAUUAUCAGAAGGUUCGUAA